CGCCUUCCGAUCGCUGUCAGGAGACGGCGGAGCUCCGGGCGGGGCGGCGGGGGGGAUCUCGCCUACCCCUUCCAUAUUUAACCAUUACCUAAAGCCGAGGGGAAAUGAGCAAACCUCCAGGCUUGGGGCUUUAGGUAUUUUCAGCGCCGUUGGGCGUAUUUAUCCCGAAAGAGUUUUCCACAACAAGCUAUUUCUGCUCUAGGGGACGUCUCGGCGGCCCGGGCCCAUCACGCGGCGCGGGGCGCCUUCCCGCCGCCGGGCUGAGGGGAGGGAGCGGCCGGCCGCCCCGCCAGCGAGCCGCGUGGGGAACCUGCGAGCGGCGCGGAAGUCGGACGGGACCCAAUAAUAGCGCGGAUAGACGCGUGCGAGCUGCGCGGCGCGGCCCGGAGCGACGAGGCGCCCGAUGCCGGGCGGCACCUCGGCGGCACCGCAGCGGGAUUCUGCGCGGACACGCGGGGUAGAGGAGGGCAGCGGGGCUCAGCUGCGGGGCUUCGCCUUUUUUUUUCUUUUUUUUUUUUUCUUCGAUGCAGAAGCUCCUAACGCUCAGGAAGUGGAAUUUGUGGUUUAGGGGGCCGAGCUCUGAAGGAGCGCAGACAGAAAAAAAAAAAAAGAAAAGAAAAAACCGCCAAAAACAAGCGAAGCAGCACCGCUCCUCAAAGGGAGGCUAAAUUUACUGCCACCCAACCAGCGGGCUGCAGCCCCGGCUGCCGCCCGGCGCCCCUCGUCCUCCGCAUGGGUCGCCUCCCCGCCGCCGCCCCGCGGGAGACUCGGAGGUGAGGCUCGCCGCGCCCGGCGCUCGGAGACGGAGGGCGGCCGAGGCAGUACCCCACCAUGCCGAGGUCCUUCCUGGUGAAGAGCAAGAAGGCGCACAGCUACCACCAGCCCCGCUCCGCCGACGAGGACUACAGCCUGCGGCUGGAGACGGUGCUGGCCCAGAUCUGCGCAGACAGCAAGAUCCCCGAGGGCGCGGGGCUGUGCCGCACCGUCCUGCCCGACCCGGAGCCGUCGCAGGGGCGCUUCUCCCCGGAGUCCCACCUCACCGAGGCUGCCGAUGGCACCUCCGAGUCGGCGCCCAGCUGCGAAGGCAGCAUCUGCGACAGGGUGUCCGAGUUCGGAGAUUUCUGGAGACCGCCUUCGCCCUCCGUCUCGCCAGCCUCAGAGCGAUCUGUGUGUCCAUCCCUGGACGAAGCACCUCCCUUCUCGGUGCCCUUCAAACCAUACACAUGGAGCAGCCUGGGAGGCUCUGAGCUGAGGCACCUCGUGCAAAGCUACCGGCCCUGCCCAACACUGGAGCGAACUUCAGCCUUGAGGCUCUUCUGUGAGCGGGGCUCUGAGCCCACCCUCUAUGGUGCAGAGUGUAGCUCUUCCCUUGGACUUUAUGGUGAUUUUGGCUCCCCAGGCCCAGGGCUGUUUGAGCGGCCUCCAGCAGCAGCACCUGGACUCUAUACUGAGACACAGACUGGGCUGCAGCAGGAGAAGGGACCUGGUGGCCUCAAAGUGGAGUCGGACCUCUUGUGCCGCCCUUUGCUCAUUAGUGCUGGCUCUUACAAGUGUGUCAAGUGCAGCAAGGUCUUCUCCACACCACAUGGCCUCGAGGUACAUGUGCGCCGUUCACACAGUGGCACAAGGCCUUUUGCCUGUGACAUGUGUGGCAAGACCUUCGGCCACGCAGUCAGCCUGGAGCAGCACAAGGCCGUGCACUCACAGGAACGCAGCUUCGAUUGUAAGAUCUGUGGAAAGAGUUUUAAGAGAUCUUCCACUCUGUCCACCCACCUGCUUAUCCACUCGGACACCCGGCCCUAUCCCUGUCAGUACUGUGGGAAGCGGUUCCACCAGAAAUCUGAUAUGAAGAAACACACCUUCAUUCAUACAGGUGAGAAACCUCACAAGUGUCAGGUGUGUGGAAAAGCCUUUAGUCAAAGCUCUAACCUCAUUACUCACAGUCGCAAACACACAGGAUUCAAGCCCUUUGGCUGUGAUCUGUGUGGCAAAGGCUUCCAAAGAAAGGUGGAUUUACGGAGACACCGGGAGACGCAGCAUGGCCUCAAAUGAGUCCUGCAAUGCAGAAAGCACCUACAACACUAGGAGAACAGACUCCCUUGGCUUCCCCGCUGGACCUGAGCGCUGUCUGUAUAACAGACUCUGGCAUUACCUUUCUGACCAGGAGCUUGGAGAGGAAAGAAGAGGACAGGGCCACGCAUUGGCAGCUCAACCUAUGAGAAUGGAAAUAAAAGGUUGGGGUUUCUAUCUCUUGUCCUCUGUUUCUGAAAUAACACUGGAAAAUAAGCCUUUUAGAUACAAAGCCUGUUACUCUGAAGAUGGAUAAGCUACCAAAUACCUGUAAGCUGGAAAGUAUUUCUCCCAUGGCCAAGAUAAAAAUCCUAACGUUUUCAAUAGCUUGAAUUACUAUGCACGGAUAUGUGGGUAUAACCGUGUUUUCAUGGUACUCACAGAGAGUAAUCAGUAAAUGGCACCCUGUGCUUGCCUUGGUUGAGUUUCAGUGCUGAAAGGAUUCGCUCUUGGUUUCCUGUCAGGAAAUCCUAGAGGAUCUGGAUUGAAGUGUGCAGUUUGACAUCUGGCUAUUUUUUAAGCUGAGGCACCAGCUUGGGCCUGCUUCUGCUCUCACUUAUUCUGGUGUAAAUUAAGAGUUGUAUUGACAUUUAGGAGGAGACCCGUUUUACCUCCCAAAGCUAUCUCUGUGGCUAAACAGGGCCUGGCUGUGUGUGUUUGAGGCCUGUGGAGUUAUGUCUUGCUACAUCCACUGACGAAAAGGAAGUUUAUGAAAGACAACUGGAAAAGCCAAAGCACAGAGUUACGCCUUAUAACUAGAAACCCACCUGAGGACUGGUCCUGACUGAGAGCAGGGGCGUAGGGAAAGCAAAGACUUCUGAUCCAGAACAACUGUUGGCUUCUGCACUCAGUCUUGUUAUAAAUAACUGGAAAAUAGCUACCCAAUUCUGUCCUUUGUAUAUUUGUUUUUGUUCUCUUUUUUAAGUUUUUAAAGGGAGACUCACCUGAGGUGGGCAGGAAUCAGUGUAAAAGAGUAAUUCACUGAAUUUGCCUUAAAUGACCCUGCAUGUACCUCAGUUAAAAAAAAAAAAAUGCUGUUUAUACUUUGUUAACAGGUUUGUAAAUGUCCUAUUUAGAUUUUAUGGAGUGUCUUAAUGUUUAUUAGUAUGUAUUUAUUGGAACAAUAUUUUAAAUUAAUAAACUAUUGAAGAUCAUCCAAAGUGAUCUUGAUUUAAUGUGUGACUUCAACUUAUUUGUGAAUGUCAGCUGUUACAGAUAUACCACAUCGAGUGAUGGUCAGAGAUACCGGCAUUCAAACAGGCAUUCAAACAGGAAAUGAAGGAACAAUAUAAUUUGCACAACAUAUUUUGUAGAAGAGCUCUGGUGAUUAAAGAACACCAGUGUCCUGCUUAUGAAUCCAGGUCCACUAGGUCCACUGAUUUUAGUUAAUCACUUAGCAAUUUUGAAGGCUGGAGUUUCCUAUGGAAUAUCACCAUGAAACAGUUUAGCGGGAGAACAGCCGUUUUAAGUGUAUACAUUUGAAAUGUAGAUUGCCAGAAGACCCUGCUCAGAGCAGGAGGAACUUGGAUAUCCUCUGAGAUAAAAUGUCUGUGCCAGGAGUUUUCAGGGACACCUGACAACCGGGUGCAUCACUUACACGAUGUCAUAGUUCUAUGAUUCUUGUUAUUGGUGGCCUGAAUGAAGUCUCACCU